GUAAGAUUUACGGUGUAGCUAUCUUAUCGGUUCAUCCCUGUACCUUUUUCUUUCCCAAUACAUGUACCAAGCUACCUAGGUAUGCCUCAACUUUUACCUGUGUGAUGCUAUCAACACAAACGAUGGCAGCAUACAGCACAAAAAUCAUGAUUUGGCGAUAGCAUUAACUUGCAUUAACUUGCUAGCUAAUGCUUCUUUACAUUCACAAAACACGACAGGCUCAAUCGCAAAACUACAACCAUGGCACCACCAACCAAAUCCUCCACCUCCGCCAUCAAAGGCGUCAACCCAGCGCCCGACUUCACCCUCGCCAUGAACCGGAUCCAGACCCAAUUCGAAGCGCGAACCAAACUCCUACGUAACGCGCUCCCAAAACCGCGUCCCGACUCCCAAAUCCAAACCAACUCUUCUUCCACCACGAAAUCCUUCUCCGCCCUCAGCGCCAACACACCCUCCUCCACCACCCAACCACAAUCGCGCUCCUCAUCUACAACAGCAGAAGCCCACCGUCGUGCGCAAGAAGCCGAAUUCGCCGAAGACCGCAACCUCGACCCGAACGCCGGUUUAGGUCUCUUCCCUCGCGUUUCCGCUGCCGAGAGCGGAAGAAACGGGGAAACAGCUAAGUUGCGCAGACGGCUGUUAGGCAAACGCGGAAGAGCCGGCGAUGAUACGGGGCAGUACAAACGCGCGCGCAAAGAAGAAAGCAGUGAAGACGAGGAAGCGGGGCGGAGCGGACUCGGAAGAGCUAAGAGGAACACAAACGGGAGGAAAAGAGCUAGAGCGGAAGUUAGCAAUAGGGAUGAGGAGCAAAAGGGAGAUGACAAUUCUGUAAAAAGCGUUGCGCCGCCUGAGGUUACGAUGACUAGCGCAGAAGAAACCGCAGAUCACGGCGACGCCGACGAUAGCCUCGCAGGUGGCUUAGACACCCCACCCUCAAAACCCCCCGGCGACGCCGAAUCAAAUGCAACUACCACCGAAGAAAAACCAAAAAGGAAGCGAAAGAAGAAAAAGAAGAAGCCAAAGACCAAAACAGACGGGGAUUAACGGCACUAAGAUCGCGACCUAUGCCGCCAUAUCGUACUAAUUCAUGUACAAUGACGGGUCUUCAGAGUCGGGGCCAUUUUCUGCGCAUAGCCCAUUUAGGCACGAGACAAGUAAAAUGAUAGAUCAUACAAGAAAUUAAGCUUAAUUGGGCUCGAGCUAUGAUACCUCGAUCCCUACGUUGCGCGAACUAACAAAGUCCUUCGCUUUCGAAAAUUAGCUACUUUGAAUGAAGAUGAUAAGAAUACAUGAUUAGUGACAUCGCGGAACCUAGUUGCGCGUGUUGAUUUGAAGUUGUUGAAUGAUAUUUCCCGCUUAGUUUCACAAUGAAGUCAGUCCCCUUUCCAAACCGGCAACAAGCUCGUGUUUUCCGUAUUGUACAUAUCCGUGGUAGACAGGUCAGUUCAGAAGUCCAUUCAUCAUCCUCACCGCCG